GGGGGGGCGGGCCCCGGUGAUGGCGGAAGCGGAGGCCAAGAUGAAGCAGUUCAAUGGCGGCGGGGCCGGGCUGGACGCCGAGCGCGGCCGCUUCCCGUACUGCGUGGUGUGGACCCCCAUCCCCGUCCUGACAUGGCUCUUCCCCAUCAUUGGCCACAUGGGGAUCUGCACCUCGACUGGAGUCAUCCGGGACUUCGCCGGGCCCUACUUUGUCUCAGAAGACAACAUGGCAUUUGGGAAGCCGGUGAAGUACUGGAAACUGGAUCCCAGCAAAGUCUACUCCACCAGUCCCAACGCCUGGGACACGGCCGUACACGAUGCCUCGGAGGAGUACAAGCACCGCAUGCACAACCUUUGCUGUGAUAACUGCCAUUCUCACGUGGCUCUGGCCUUAAACUUGAUGAGAUACGAUAACAGCACCUCCUGGAACAUGGUGAAACUCUGCUUCUUCUCACUCCUGUAUGGGAAAUAUGUAAGCAUAGGGGGAUUUGUGAAGACCUGGCUUCCCUUUGUCCUCUUCUUGGGGGUGAUCGUGACCAUUGUCCUGACGCUUCAUCUGCGGUGAUGGCAGCUGUGAACUCCCCGUUCCGUGGGCACACGGAGGAAGAAACUGUGACUGAUCCAGCGAGACGGAGGCAUGGGACUCUGGGAGGCAUUUUUCUGGGAAAGGUGGCAACUCCACUUCAUUGUUUCAUCUUUGUUUCCUGGAACUGGCUUCUUUUCCUUCUGUUUUUGUUCUGUCGAUGGUGUCUCCCAGUGGCAGGGCUCCUGAAGCCUCCUGCUCUCUCUCCCUGAACGUGCUCCCUCUCUGCAAUUUGGUGGGUAGAAACGCAAUCAGGAGAGGAGAGAUGUGGGCACCUUUGCUUUCAUUGGGAAGCAAAACCACGAGGCAAACCCUGCCUCCUGGUUCAGGAGCACGAGCAGGUUCAUAAGGUUCUCUCUGAUCAUCUGGUUUCUUCCUCCUGGCAGACUUCAUCAGAUGCUUCCUCAGAUUUCCUGAGUCUCCACGAAGGAGUUGUUGGUUUCCCCGUUGCACGACUCUCCUGUAGCACAGGUUUCAAAAGUGGAGGUGCUGGGGACCUGGGGUGCCACAGCACUCGCUGAUGGUGUGUCCCCUCCCCAAACCCUGGGGGAGUGCCAGGAAGGUGGAUGCUCCUCUGAGGAGACACGCAGAGGAACGCUCUGUGGCAGGGCAAACUCAUCUGGUCCUGCUGGUGAGCCCAGAAAGGCAGGAAAGUCGAUGGACUGGCUUGGGUAGGGCUCAUGGCAGUCUGCACACUUUUCGAUAGCCUGUUCCAGAGUUGGGAGUCUACUGCUAAGUCCCUUUUAGCUCGUGCCAGGAUUAAAAAAAAAAAAAUCCAGCUUCCCUGCUUCUGCCUGUGCUCUGUGAAUAUGUAAUAUUGUUGUCACACGUCUCACCAGCUGCUUUCUUCCCUUUGAUCCCUGGUACUUUGUGUGUCGCAGCAAACCUGAGCCUGCAGCGGUGGCAGCAGCAGCAGGUCCGUGUUUUUGGGGCCAGAAGCUUUAGCAGAGCAGCACCUGAGACCUGAGCUUAGUUUGGACCAUCAGAGAUUAAAAAAAAAUAUGUGAAGGGUCUGGAAAGUUGUGUUUGAGGUGUUCAGUUUAGCAGCAGCAAACUGGGACACUGGUUUUUUGUGACUGGUUCCAGGAUGGUGAACAAGGAGGUGUGUUUGCUUCCUCGGCGUGCUUUGAAGAGCACACCUGGGGUAAAAAGUGCUUUGUAGGACUGGCUUUGAUGUGAGAAAUGCUGGUUUGGCAGCGUUGCAGGGGGGGCUGAUGGCCCUUUUGAGCCCUGGAUCGGGCAGGAGGAGGUAGUUGGGGGGGUAGGUUGUUCUUGAGCACUAGGCAGGAAGUGAAUUUGGACGUGACCCAGAGCCUCUUCCAGGGUGAGGGGUCCCGGUCUGUGCUUGCUGAGGCUCUGGCCUGCAGAUGGUGUUUUCUGGGAGGCUCUGAGCCAGGUGGCUUUUU